AGAGAGAGAGAGAGAGAGAGAGAGAGAGAAACAUGCCUUUGCGAAAUACUUUCGGAGAAACGCCGUUUAAAAACAAAACCGAAAUACACGGCGAUUUGAUGAUAGAUUUCGGAAGGAUAAUCACUAGCGGCGAUCACCUACAGAGAUCUCGAGUACAGGAUAAAGUUGAUGCCUUCUGUAAAUGGGUGUGCACAACACCUCAAAGGAGUAUUUAUAGAUUGGGCCGUGGUGAAGUUGAUUGUUCGAGUGAUCUGGAGAAACUACGCGGAGCAUUGAAGCAAGAUAACAAGCCGGAUCCGAUUGUGCACUUUUUACCCGACCUGCCGGAUGAAGUAGUCGCUGUCGACAGUUGGGACGCGUCGGUGCCUCUCGAUUUGAGGAAAUAUCCGGACGAAAUUAUCGUCGAUGCUAAAUGCGGCGCAGCCGUGCUGAGAGGAUCUCAUGUUUACGCCCCUGGCAUCAUGGGAAUAUCGAGUGGUUUAAGUAUCGACACCAAAGUCAGUGUGUUUGCCGAUAUCACCGGUCGAUGUAAGAAAGGUUCGAUACAACCGUAUGCUGACGACAGUAAGAUGUACUUGGGUAACGGCGUUCUACGGCAAACGAGAAAGCAGUUGUUUGGAAAGACCGCGAAAAAUCCGUCUGGUAUCGCGGUAAUUAUGACCGAUGUGAUCUCACGAAUUCCACAAUUGAAUGCGACCGCCGAUCCCCCCGAGUCCCUGAGGCCGCUGUGCGCGCUGUUGCAAAAUUUACCGUCUAUCGUGUGCAGCCUGGUUUUAAAUCCUCAACCGGGUGAGACGAUACUCGACAUGUGUGCCGCACCUGGUAACAAAACCACACACAUUUCAUACCUUAUGAGAGGACAGGGUAUGAUAAUAGCUUUGGAGAAAAAUCCGGGUAAAGUGGCGCGACUUAGGGAAAAGUGUAACGACGGAAAUGUUAAGAUAUUUUGUUGCGAUGCUGCGAACGCUGUCGUCGGGCAAGAACAGGAUUCCGUCCGCGCCACCGAUGGGCCACCGUUCCCGGAGGAUCACUUCGAUCGUAUUCUCUUGGACACUCCGUGCAGCGCGUUGGGCCAAAGGCCGCAACUGUCUAAUGCGAUCACGUCGGUGCAGCUCCGUUCUUACGUUCCUUUGCAACGACGUCUGUUCUUUGCCGCUGUACGUCUUCUAAAGCCAAGGGGAACAUUGGUGUACAGUACGUGCACUGUCACAAUAGCGGAAAACGAAGGGAUCGUCGCUUGGGCGCUGAAGCGGUUCCCACAGUUAGAAUUGGAAUCUAUCGAGGAGCGGAUAAAGACAGACAGAUAUGGCACUCGAGGGUAUACCGUGAAUGGCUUGGCGGACAAAGACGCAAAGAAAGUACGUAGAUUCGGUCCUGAGAGCGACUCUGUUGGAUUUUUCAUCGCGUGCUUGAAGAAAUAUCAUUGAUACACGCUCGAAUUACGAAUCACGUUGAAAUUUUAUUGUGUGAAGUU